CCCAUAUGCUUGUAGGAACUAGUUCCGUUGCUUUUUUUUACCCAGAGAGGAGAGGAGCUUUAUUCUUUUUAUUUCGUGGGAAAUGUUGAAGGGAGAGGAGAAGGAUAAUCAACUUUUACCGGUUGGAUUUAGACACAAAUAUAAUUUUAAAAAUGAUAUUACAUUUCUCCAGAAAUAUGUUUUACAAAUAUGCAAAUUAGGCAGUAUAUCAUAUUUGCAUAUUGCGCAGAUCCAUUUUUCUGGACGAAACCAGCCUAAAUAUUUUUAAAUAGUCAUUUUGUAUAGACACUCCCGGACCGGACUAAAAUUUGAUUAACGCAGAUGCUUCUUAGUUGGGGUGUGGGAAGAGUGACUUAGACUACCAAACGCCUAUUUAGACCGAAUCACAAUCUCUUCAAAUUAAUUUAUUUACUGGGACUUCUAUCCCUGAUCUAUGAGAUUUCAGAUAAAAGGUCCAAUAUGAAGACUUUAUCCUGGUUUGUGUUCGCCCUGUUUAUUCUCCAUGUGGUGGGUGAGGUGAUCUACAAGAGAAUUGGUCUGCCUGUCAAUAUUGAUUGUGGAGUCAAGACGUCUAACAAGGAUAUGGAGUGGAGUCAUAAAGCUGUGGGUGGAAGUAAAUCUGUGCUGAUCGUGGAUUAUUUUGGGAAGAAUGGCAAAGAGCGGAAAGGAAAUGCUCCCAUGGUUGAAAGGGCGAAAGUGAGACGGGACCGACUGGAAAUUUCUGCUCUAAAUGAUGGUGAUGCCGGACUUUACAUCUGUAAGGUGGACGGGAAAGAUAUGGAUCACAGACUCGACAUUGUCACAGUCAAGGUCCACCCCUCCAAUGAACUCAACGAAGGCAACAAUGCUAUCCUCGAGUGCCAGGUGACAGGAGUGGAUCCCUUGCCCAGUGUGGAGUGGGUUAGUCCAGGUGGAAAGGUGGAAGGGGCCCCUGGACGACCUGGCUCUAGGAAUGUCUCUUUCAGCUCUGUGGCCCUGUCAGACACAGGAGAAUGGACAUGUCAGAUUACUCAGGAUGAGAAGACACACAAAGAGACUCAGACCAUCAACGUGAGAAGUUUGUUGCCGAACAAGGGGCAAGAUGAUGGGCAGGGGCACAGUGGACCUAACUCUGAUGUAAACACAGUGACUACUUGCCAUCACUGUACCAAAGGCAGCCAGCAGCCCAUUGAGGGGGUGCCCAUGCUGGGCUUAAGCCUGUGGGUGUGGGUGGCAGUGGGAGCAGGAUGCCUGGUGGGGGUCUUACUCCUGGUGACCAUUGUUCUCCUGCACCGCAGGAACAAAAGAAUGAAGAGAAGAGACCGGAAGAUGAAGAACAUCAGAGUGCCCCUGAAGUCCAACGACUACUGCCAGUGUAACCGCACACUAGAGGGUCCACCCUGGAGGACGCAGAGAGAGAAGCCUUCGGCUGGACCACGGCAACAGCGCUGAUGGAGCAGAGUAUUAUGGGCUGGAACAUGAUUGCUUGACGACAAAGGGUGGAUGGAAGAAAGAUCGAGAGAGAGAAAAUACGUUUUAUACAGUUUGUGAGAUACAAGGGAGAGAAAGAGAGAG